UUUUUUUUAACCUAGUAAGCUGGUCAAAUAUAAAACAAGUAAACGAUUUCAUUUCUUAAUUAUUUAAGGUUUCUUUUUCGCUGUGUCCACACUGUUUGAACGCACGCGGAGCCAAAAUCUACUUUAAAAAGUAACCGAUCUAAAUGGCCGGAUUGUUGUGGUGUUUUUUUCAGAGGAGGUCCCUUCCCUGAGAACAAAUCCCGCCUGUCAAUCUGUUCCAGUGAAACAUUGGCAGACCAAAGGAAAGCGGAUUAUUCUCAGCGGUACCUGAAGGCAUCUUAAACUCUGGAAAGCCAGGUGAAGUUUGUUGGUGUCGACAUGUCGGAGAAAACGGUUCCUCUGACGCUGAAAAUUAUCCUCAUAGGAAACUCUGGAGUGGGAAAGUCUUCCUUCAUGAACAGAUACGUCAAUCACCGCUUCACUAACGCGUACCGGGCCACGGUGGGAACGGACUUCUUCAGUAAAAAAACCGUCCUGGAUGGAGAGCCGGUCAUCCUGCAGAUCUGGGACACAGCAGGCACAGAGAGGUUCCAGUCUUUGGGUACACCCCUGUACAGAGGGAGCCACUGCUGCUUGCUGGUGUUCGAUGUCACUUCCUCUGCCAGCUUUGGGGCCCUGGAUGCGUGGAGGAAGGAGUUUCUGGUCCAGGGGGAGCCCCUGGAUCCAUCUGAUUUCCCUUUUAUUGUCCUGGGCAACAAAACCGACCUGAGCGACCGAGAGGUGUCGAGCAGGAAGGCCCAGCAGUGGUGUGAGGAGGUCGGAGCUGAGUACUUUGAAGGAAGCGCCAAAGCAGACGUGGACGUGGAGCCGCCUUUCAAUAGAGCGGCUAAGCUCGCCCUCCAGCAGUACAAAAAACACACAUUGGAAAAUACAGGACAUUUCCAGAUAACCUGCGAACAGCCGAGAAAAACUCGCGACACCUGCAUGUGCUGAGGGGAGCACUCUUCCCAGUGAUGGGGAGGGGUGGGGGG